CAAUACAAACAAUGUUGACUUCCGGGCUCAUGCCACAGUGAUAUGUCUAAUAAGCUGUGCUGAUUUACCAUAACGGAUAUUUCCUUUGCUGUCUGUACGAAGCCAAAUGAAGUGGCAGCAAGAGACAAUGAAGCGUUCAUCGACGUGCUAGGAUUCAGUGUCGAGGAAAGCAGUGACCUGCUAUUGUGUCCUUAGGCUAUCUCGUUAGCUAGCUAGCAAGCCAGUCGGCUAGCUAGCCAGCUACUGCUGUUUCGGCGACAUGUCGAGCCAAUCAACUGAAGAGGGCAUGCACGCGGAGUUCCCUCCAGACUGGGCAGAUGACGAGCGCAUGUCAUUCUUGUUCUCCGCUUUUAAAGAGAACAGAGAGGUGGACACCACCGACUGGGACAGUAAAAUGGACUUCUGGUCCCCGCUCAUAGCUGGCAUCUGCAGGCGCCGAGGGGCAGUCUGCGUGAACUUGAAGGAGCUGAACCAGAUUUUUCGAAGAAAAGGCAACGUGCCACUGGGGUUAGGCACUGUCAUUCAGGGCAUGGCCAGGUGUGGCAAGGUGCAGAAGGAGUCUGAGUUUGCAGCAAAUGUAGACUCUGGCUGGCUGUCCUGGGGCGUGGGGCUUUUGCUGGUUCGACCUCUGAAGUGGACCCUCUCCACACUGCUGGGCAGCAGCCGCGUACCCCUGGAAGAGUCCUUUGUGGUGAUCGAGCUUGUUAAGGAGAAGGCAGCGGAUUUGCUGGCCGCAUACCGGAGCUCCCCACUGGCAGACCGUGCCCUCCUCUCCUUCCAGGAGCUGCGCACGCUGUGUGCCCACGUGUGUCCUGACGAGACCACCCUGUGCUUAGCGCUGCUGCAGCUGCAGAGGGAGAAGCAGGUGAUGGUGUCGCUGCACGAGGGAGAGAAGAUUGUGAAGUUCUCCCAGCCUGGCCACGGCCGUGUCUCUCCGGUCAGUGAUGUCGACCUUGGAAUCUACCAGUUGCAGCGCAGUGAGAAGCUCCUGGGAGAGAGAGUGCAGGAACUGGGCGAGGAGGCUGAGAGAUGCAGAGAGGAGGCAAGGGCAUUGCUGCAAGAGGGGAAGAAGUCCCAGGCUCUGAGGUGUCUGAGAGGGCGGAAGCGUGUGGAAAAGAGAGCAGACCGGCUAUACGCCCAACUGGAAACUGUGAAGGGAAUCCUGGACAGGAUUGCACACUCGCAGACUGACCGCCUGGUGAUGCAGGCAUACCAGGCAGGGGUGGCGGCCCUCAGGCUCUCCCUGAAGGAUGUAACAGUGGAACGAGCAGAGAGCCUGGUGGAUCAGAUCCAGGAGCUGUGUGACUCUCAAGACGAGGUGAACCAGACCCUUGCAGGAGCGGCGCUCGACUCUUCCAUAGGCGGGGACACGGAGGAGCUGGAAGAGGAACUUAAGUCCUUAUUGGACGAGUCUGCCCCAGAUGGACAACCCACACUGCCAGCCGUUCCCUCCAAGUCCCUCCAACCUGGAGGCACUCUUAUUGGUGACAGUUUCCUGAACUCCCUUCCCUCUGUACCGAACUCCCCCUUUGGCAUCACCGACGAGGAGCUGGACAGAGAGCUGAGUCGCCUCACCCUCACUGACACGGGUGUGUCACAAAGAGCCCAUAUCUCUCCUCUGAAGAGGCCUGAGACAGCACAGUGAUGGAGAGAAGUACACUUGAUCCCAGGGAGUGCCUGAAAAGACAGGCUCUGAGCUCUGAGUCUCAGGAGACCACAAGGAGUCUGGGGGAAAAAGCAAUCGGUUAAAACUAUGUGUAUUUUGUAAUCAAAAUAUAUCACUGUUUGUAAUGUCUUUGUUUUUUUUUUUUUAAACUUUCAAUUUUAAA